AUGGGGAACUUCGAUGGAAAGUUCAUUGAAACAUUACCAGGGGAUGGUGAGAUUAGAUAUACACCGGGUCUAAUGGUUCUUGUCCUUCAUUCGAAUAAGUUCAAAGGAAGUAUUCCUCUUGAACUCUGCCACCUUGAUUCCCUUCAAAUCCUGGACUUGGGAAACAACAAUCUCUCUGGAACCAUUCCCAGAUGCUUUGAAGAACUCACAGGUCUCCAUGGAUUGAUAUUCUUGAACCUGUCUAAUAACCAUCUCCAAGGGAAGAUUCCUGUGAAGAUUGGAGCCUUGACAUCACUGGAAUCUCUUGAUCUCUCCAUGAAUAGACUUUCUGGUGUUAUUCCUCAAGGCACCCAGAUCCAAGGCUUUAGUCCUCUCAGUUUUAUUGGCAACCCGAAGCUUUGUGGAGCUCCAUUGACUGAUGGUUGUGGUGAAGAUGGUAAGCCAAAGGGUCCAGUUCCAGACGAUGAUGAUGAAGAGGACAAUGGAUGGAUUGAUAUGAAACGGUUCUAUUUGGGUAUGCCAUGGGGUUUCGUGGUUGGCUUUUGGGCCAUUUUGGCUCCAUUAGCAUUCAACAGAGCUUGGAGAUAUGCUUAUUUUCGGUUCUUGGAUGGUGUUAAUAAUUUUUUCAACAUAUCUAUACUCACGAGUUAUGCACAAAUCAGAAGCUUUAAUCCUAGCAAUUUCAUUGGCAAUGAUGGGCUCUGUGGGGCUCCUCUUACAGAUGCUUGUGCUGGAGAUUAUGCACAACAAAGCCAAAUAUCGGGCAAUGUUAAUGAAGAUGAUGAAUGGAUCGAAAUGAAGUGGUUCUAUCUGAGCAUGCCAUUGGGGUCUGUGGUGGGUUUUUGGCCUGUUUUGGGUCCAUUAGUAUUCAACAAGGUGUGGGGCCAUACUUGA